AUGUCAAAAGAAACUCCAAUGAAUCAAUUGGAUCAUACUGAAAUAUCUCUCGACAAUUCCAUUAAAAAAGAAAGUUCUGUCGAGAAAAAUCACAUUAAAUUCGACUCCAUUGAAAAUACUUCCACUACUUCUACCAUCAAUAAACAAUUAACAAAUGAUAGUGAUUAUGAUGACAUGGACGAUGGCGAUGAUAUAGAACCCACUGAAGAAGAAUUGAAAACUUUACCAAGAGAAGCAGGCCAUAUCCCAUUCAAUUGUUGGUUAUUAGCCAUCAUCGAAUUAGCUGAAAGAUUCUCUUAUUAUGGGUUAUCUGCUCCUUUCCAGAAUUAUAUGCAAAAUAAUCCAAGUGAUAAUCCACCAGGUGCUUUAUCCUUAAAUUCAACAGGUGCUACUGGGUUAUCUUAUUUCUUCCAAUUUUGGUGUUACGUGACUCCAAUCUUUGCUGGGUUCAUGGCCGAUACUUAUUGGGGUAAAUUCAAUACUCUUUGUAUCGGUACAAUCAUCUAUAUUAUUGGUAUUUUCAUUCUAUUCAUCACAUCUUUACCAGCUAUCACAAGUUAUAAUACAGCUCUUGGAGGGUUUAUUGUAGCUAUCAUUUUAAUUGGAAUUGCCACUGGUAUGAUUAAAGCUAAUUUAUCUGUCAUGAUUGCUGAUCAAUUACCAAAGAAAAAAUUAAGAGUCGUUACAAAAAAGAAGUCUGGUAAACGUGUCAUUGAAGAUCCUCAAUUGACCAUUCAAAAUGUAUUCAUGGCCUUCUAUUUCAUGAUUAAUGUAGGGUCUUUAUCUGUUAUUGCAACUACCGAAUUAGAAUUACAUGUUGGUUUCUGGGCCGCUUAUUUGUUACCAUUCUGUUUCUUUUGGAUUGCUGUCCUUGUCUUAGCAUUUGGUAAUAGAAAGUUUGUUAAAAAGCCAAUUGGUGAUCGUGUCAUUUCUAAAUGUUUUACUAUCAUUGGUAUCUUGAUUAAAAAUAACUUUAACUUCCAAAAGGCAAAACCAACUUAUAACCCAGAAAAAAAUUACCCUUGGUCUGAUAAAUUUGUCGAUGAAAUUCAAAGAUCUUUAAAAGCUUGUAAAGUUUUCUUAUUUUAUCCAAUCUAUUGGGUUUGUUACGGUCAAAUGUUAAAUAAUUUCGUCACUCAAGGUAGUACAAUGCAAUUACAUGGAUUACCAAAUGAUUUUUUCCAAGCCAUUAAUUCUAUUGCAUUAAUUGUUUUCAUUCCAAUAGUUGAAAAAUUUGUUUAUCCUUUUAUUAGAAAAUUCACUCCAUUGAAACCAAUUACAAAAGUUACUAUUGGAUUUGUUUUUGGUUCUUUAGCUAUGGUUUGGGCCGCAGUUUUACAACAUUUCAUCUAUCAAGCUGGCCCAUGUUAUGAUCAUCCAGUUAAAUGUCCAAAUGGUCCAAAUCAUGUUCAUGUCGCUUGGCAAGUUCCAGCUUAUUGUUUGAUUUCUUUAAGUGAAAUUUUUGCUUCCAUUACUGGUUUAGAAAUCGCUUAUUCAAAGGCUCCAGAAUCAAUGAAAUCUUUUAUUAUGUCUAUGUUUUUAGUCACAAAUGCUUUUGGUGCUGCUAUUGGUUGUGCCUUAAGUAGUGUAUCAGAAGAUCCAAAAUAUGUUUGGUUAUAUACUGGUUUGGCUGUUACUUGUUUCUGUGCUGGUAUCGCAUUCUGGUUCACUUUUAAACAUUAUAACGACGAAGAAGAUGCCAUGAACAAUAUUGAUUUUGAAAGUGAUAAUGAAAAUGAAAAAAAUGAAUAUUCUCAAAUUGAAAAUUUAGAAUUAAGUCAAACGAAGACUACUGAUAAGGAUGAUGUCCACACAGAUAUUGAAAGAAUAAGUUCUUUAAGUAGUUAA